GGAAGAAGAAGACGCGGGGGUUGAAGGUUUGUUGAUUGGCUAUUUUAAGCAGGGAAGUUUGCCGGCGUGGUAGGCUGUCUCGCGCACAUUGGUGUCCCCCGCACGCUCCCGUUCAGCCUUCCCGCUUCUGCGCAGCUCGCCCCGGCUAAAGCUACCCAGCCUGCCCCCUCCCUGUGUCUAUUUGCCCCUUGUGAGCAGCAUGUCUGAUUACGGCGGUCUGCCGGCUAAUGGGGUCGGCGCUGGGAUGAAAAAGGACGCUUUUGCUGAUGCAGUACAACGAGCCAGACAGAUUGCAGCUAAAAUCGGUGGAGAAGGUGUUCCCUCAGUGAGCAACAACGGAGGAGCUGAGAACUAUCCAUUCACAGCACAGAAACGAUCCCUGGAAGGAGCAGAUGAACCCGAUGCCAAGAAGGUAGCAUCACAGACCGAAAUUGAUUCUGCUUUGUCUAUUGGAGCUCAGCUGGCUGCCCUGUCCCAACAAAGUGUUAGGUCCUCCACAAUGACAGAAGAGUUCAGGGUGCCUGAUGGCAUGGUCGGCCUCAUCAUUGGCCGAGGAGGUGAACAGAUUAACAAAAUCCAACAGGAUUCUGGCUGUAAAGUCCAGAUUGCACACGACAGUGCCGGUCUUCCAGAUAGAAGUGUUUCUCUCACGGGGUCAGCAGACGCCAUACAGAGAGCCAAGGCACUUAUAGAGGACAUAGUUUCAAGAGGGCAUGAGACGACUAACGGGCAGUCAGGCUCCAUGCAGGAGAUGAUCAUCCCUGCUGGCAAGGCCGGCCUUAUUAUAGGUAAAGGAGGAGAGACCAUCAAACAGCUACAGGAGCGGGCUGGAGUUAAAAUGAUUCUUAUUCAAGAUGGAUCCCAGCCACCCAACAUAGAUAAACCCCUCCGCAUCAUUGGAGACCCUUAUAAAGUGCAGCAAGCAAAGGAGAUGGUUAAUGAAAUUCUACGAGACCGGGAUCACGCCGGUUUUGGAGACCGGGGUGAAUACGGAUCGAGGAUGGGAGGAGGAGGCGGAGGAGGAGGAGGGGGCGGAGGAGGUGGUGGAGGAGGAGGCGGGGGCAUCGAUAUAGCCGUACCCCGCCACUCUGUGGGAGUUGUUAUUGGCCGAAGUGGGGAGAUGAUCAAGAAGAUUCAGAGCGAUGCUGGAGUCAAGAUACAAUUUAAGCCAGAUGAUGGGACAGGUCCUGAUAAAAUUGCUCAUAUCAUGGGUCCACCAGACCAAUGUCAGCAUGCUGCAUCAAUCAUCACCGACCUGCUGCAGAGCAUCCGUGCACGAGAGGAGGGCGGGCAGGGGGGCCCCCCAGGUUCUGGUUCAGGGAUGCCACAAGGGGGACGUGGGCGAGGUAGAGGCCAGGGGAACUGGGGACCUCCAGGAGGAGAGAUGACCUUCUCCAUUCCUGCACACAAAUGUGGACUUGUGAUCGGAAGAGGAGGAGAGAAUGUUAAGUCCAUCAACCAACAGACCGGCGCUUUUGUGGAGAUCUCUCGUCAGCCGCCACCAAACGGGGACCCUAACUUUAAACUGUUCAUCAUCCGAGGGUCCCCACAACAGAUCGACCACGCAAAGCAGCUUAUAGAAGAGAAGAUUGAGGCUCCAUUGUGUCCAGUGGGCGGUGGUCCUGGUCCAGGAGGUCCGGGAGGCCCAGGUGGUCCUAUGGGUCCCUAUAAUCCCAACCCUUAUAACGCAGGGCCUCCCGGUGGUGCUCCCCAUGGUGCUGCACCUGCUGGUCCCCAGUACUGUCCUCAGGGUUGGGGAGGGAAUACUUACCAGCAAUGGCAAGCCCCCGGACCUCAUGACCCCAGUAAGGCAGCAGCAGACCCCAAUGCAGCGUGGGCAGCGUACUACGCGCAAUAUUAUGGUCAGACACCAGGGGGCGCCAUGCCUGCACAGGCUCCAGGAGCCCCUGCACCGGCAGCACCAGGGGACCAGAGCCAAGCACCACAGGCCUCAGGGGGUCAGCCAGACUACACUAAAGCCUGGGAGGAGUACUACAAGAAGAUGGGCAUGACCCAGCCAGCUGGAGGAGCUGCAGCUGCUCCAACUGCAGCAGCAGCAGCAGCAGCAGCAGGUGGAGCUGCAGCUGGAGGCCAGCAGGACUACAGUGCAGCCUGGGCGGAGUACUACAGACAGCAGGCUGCCUACUACGGACAGCCAGGACAGGCGCCUGGACAGGCAGCCGCUCCACAGCAGGGACAACAGGCCCAGUAAACGACUAGCUCGGCCUGUUGGAAGGUCUCAAGCGACGGCUCUCUGGACUUGUUUUUUCUAUCAAGAGAUUUCCUUUCUGGCUUUAACGAGACAACACCAUGGUUUCCUCAUCCACCCAGACAUUUUCUAUUUCAACCUUCCUGAUUGUUUUUUAAAAUCAAAAAUUGAAGAAAAAGGGAACAAUUUUGCCCAUGCAUUGAACAAAGCACUAAAUGACUACUUGGGUUAUAAUUCAGCUUGCCCCUUCACCUCACCCACCCACACCUUGUAAUACUUUUGCUCAUUUUUAACAAAAAAAAAUGAAAUAAUAAGCAUCUUUUGUUUUCAAGUUAGGACAACAGCAUUUCAACACUGACUCACAUUUAAGUAGUUUUCCUUCAGUUUCCUGAGGGUAAAAAAAACGGUCUAGCAGUAUUUUGAAAUAUAUUCAGAAAUUAUGUUUGUUAAAAAAAGAAGAAAAAAAAGGAAAUUCAACAUGUUUGGUCCUUUUCUUGUUCUUGGUACUUUUUUUAAACUUCAUUUUUUUUAAUGAACAUUCCCAGUGUUUAAGUUGCAGGCAUAUUUCUCCCUGCUAUCAUGAUUUCUUAUUUUUAAUUUUAUUCAUUGUAAUUAUUUUCCUUUUUGGGGGGGUUGUGUGUGUCUGUAUACAGUAGAAGCUACUGAACAGAGGAAUGUGUGCAAGUUGGCUGUAAUAAGGCAUAAACUGUCCUACAGUAUGUAGGCUGGUUGUGUGUGCAUGUAUGUGUUUGUGUGCUUGACUGCCCUCGGUUUAAUUUUUUUGUUGUUCCAAUAGAUUCUGUUACUGUACGCUGAUUUUUUUUCUUUUUUUUUUUUUUUUAGAUGUUAUUUUUUACAGCUUGUUUUUAAAUACUUAAAUAAAACAUUCAAACUAGAAAAUUUCUAAAGAAAUUUCGAGUGUGCUUGACUCUGGUCCGUGACUCUACCCGUACAUUAGAAUACAAUUUGAACGGUUUA